UGUACAUGUGAAUUUAUUAAUGGAUUGCAGUGUCUAUCAAGUGUAUUGUGCGUGACAUCUAAGAUCAGUAAACUACUACAAGCAGAAUGGCAAGAUGUAUGUCAAACUAAAGAAAUUAUAACUGAUGUUAUUAAUAAUCUUGAAGAAAAAAGAAAAAACUCUAUUGAAAAUUUCCAUGAACUCUAUAUUGAAACAAAAGAAAUUAUGUUGAACUUAGAAGUCGAAGAAAAACUGCCCCGUUUAACUGGUCGUCAAACUAAAAGACCUAACUAUCCUGUUUCAUCAGUUGAAGAGUAUUACAGAGUGUCAGUAUAUAUUCCUCUGGUAGAAAAUAUAUUAAAUGAUAUGAAGGAAAGAUUUAAUAAUGAAAAAAAUCAAGCUUUUUUAUUUUUAUCUCAACUUACUCCUAAAAACAUUAUUAAAACUAACAAUGAUGAUAUUGUUAAAGUAGUUGAUGUCAUUAAAAAAUAUUAUACAUUUGAAGAUAUGGAUUUUAUUGAUUUGGAAGCAAUGAACCUUAAAACUGAAAUUAACCUAUGGAAAUCUAAGUGGAUAAGAAUAAAAGAUGAAGGAGGACAUGUCAACCUAGAUGUCAUCACUUCUGCGGAAACUUGUAAUGAGAUACUUUAUCCAACUGUAAAGAAGUUGCUUUUUAUUUUAGCAUGCUUGCCUGUUAGUGUAGCCUCAGCUGAAAGAUCAUUUUCUACUCUAAGAAGGUAAUGCUUAAUUCUAAUUGCAUGCAUAGUAUAUUAGUAUCAUAGGCAUAACUAAAAGGGGAGGGCUUUGUUGGGCUUCAGCAUAAGUUGGUAUUAACUUUUUUUUACCUACAACAUAAAUUUGCUAUAAAACAUUUUUGGGAAUGUUUUGCCCCCCUAACGUAAAGUUACGCCUAUGAAUAGUAUAAAUUAUAGUUAGUAUUUAAUCAAGUUUAUAUACCUACUUCAGCUAUUGCAAUUUUAAAAAUA